AGGAGCUCAGGUGAUGUUUCUCUGCAGCAGAUUCCCAGCACUUCGCUCAACCGCUGCUGUUCUCCACAGAAAACAAGUCACAAUCAGCUGGCCUAUCAAAAAGGGCCAUGAUUACCUCUCCUGGAAUAAAAUGCAAAAUUGGUUUCUUGAAGACAUUAAAGAACAGCUUGAGUAUCAUCAAACAUCAAAACCCUACCGUAUGGAUUACAAUACCAAGAUCAGAUCUACCAAGGAAAAUAUAGCCAAGAUAAUGGGGAUUGACCCUGAUCAUUUUUCUGAUCUUCACUUAAAACUGAGUCUAUUGUACCUUUUGCCGUCAGACAUUGAGAGGAGGAAAUACAAACCAAACAUUCCUGCAGAAAUACCUGUCCAGGCUUUUCUUGAUAUAAUAUCACAAUACAACAGCAGUGAACAUAAAGAAGCAGGUACACAAAGUUCAGAUUUUAAAAGUUUCCGCAGAGAAAUCAGACUGGUUCAUAGUGUUGUGUUAGAUGCAAUGGAGCAAAUAAACAUUUCUCCUGGUCUGGAACUGUUUAUAGAUCCUGAUGAGGUUGUUUUCACUGAACCAGAAGUGCCUUCUGCUGAUACGGCUAAUGCAGCUCCUAGCUCAGAGGAGCCUGUAGAUAAUCCUGUUGAUAAUUCCUCUAUCAGUGAAGUAGCUGACUAUGAAGGAGAACUAGCGAAUGAGUUGGCGGAUGUAAGUAUUGCCGAUGAUAUAGAAACUGCUGGUUUAGUUGAAAAUUUGGACUCUGGUGAGGACAUUUCAUUUACUCCUACAGAUGGAGAUGUAGUGUCUGCUCUGCUUAUGUUCCCUUUCAAACCCCGUAACGUUGAAAAUGGCUCGAAGGUGGAGAAAAAAACACUCGAACUACAGUUCAACAGGCUAAAUCAUCUCAUCCAAGAUAGACCUGAUUUAAUUAACAUGUACUACCCAGCUAUCAAGCAUAUACUUCAUUCUGAACAAAAAAGGAAAAACGGCCCAAUAUCAGCACGGAAAAAGGGCGGAGGUGGUGCUUCAUUACCAGUGUUCCGGGGUAAAGUCAACAGAUCAUUUGUAUUCAAUAGUGUAGUCACAACUGUGGUCCCUGGCUCUGGGAAGAUCACCAUCAACAAUGAACCCUUCCUUGAUUUCUUCCCCGAGAUUCUCUCUAGAAUGAUCGUUAUCUCGCCCCUCAGGGUAACAAGGACACUGGGAGUCUUUGAUAUUAACGUUGAGGUGGAACAGGACAAUCCUAAUAAAUUACACUCUUUAGCUCACUGUAUAGCAAUGUCUAUAGCAGACUGUUUACAAAUGUAUAGUCCUCAUUUGGGGGGAGUGUUAGAGGUUGUUUAUAAGAAUGAGAUGAGAGUUGAGUAUAAUAAGGCUUAUAAGAAGAACUCUCGUAAGAGGUAUAAGUGGAGAAAGCGAUAGUGUUGAUUAUUGGAUUCGUUUAUAUUUCAUUUUUGUAGUACGAUUGUGGCUGUGUAUUUGUGUAGUGUAAAGAUUGUGUCUCCAUGGGUCAGUUUCUACUUUAUUUCACAUGUGAUGUGUGACACUGCAAUGCAGAAAGCAUUUUCAUAACCUAAUCGCUGUUCUAUUGAUGCAUGUUGACACUUCAAGUAACGUAAAGUACGUAAAUAACCCUCGCUAAAGAUUAGUGGGUUUUUGAAUUACUAUAAUCGAUAAUUUCGACCCUAGGUUUUUGACCCUCUACAGAACUAACUUUUACAGCGAGUUGGUUAAUAAUUUUCUAUAAUCGAUAGGUUUUGGUAAUAUAAUUUAUUAUGAACUUUUCUUUUGCCAGUUAAUAUCCAAAAUUCGACUCUUUACUCUGCUAGCUAUUUGAAAGUGAUUGGUCGAAUGAAUUUUCACACUGCCCAUUUGUGCAUAAUUUUAAACGACAAGCAAAAGUUUUACAAAUGUAGAGAAUAGAGACGAUAAGACAUGCUAUCUAUAAUGACAAUGUUAAAAGCUUAUGAAAAUGUGGCGCAAAUUUGAUUGAAUUCAUGAAACAAGUUGUUCAUGAGUAAUAACAAAUUCCUGUCCCCAUCCCACCAGUUUUCAAGUAAACGAUACCGGGUGGUGACUGCAGGAUGUCAAGAUUAUGUGGCAGAUUAGUACCGUCCUUGUUCCGGGCAACUACCGCGCAUCUUCACACUACUCCUUCUUGUAGUGUUAACAUUACCUUCAUAGAGAAAGGUAUAGAGAGGCACGUUAAAGCAAUUAGAGGAGACUCAAUCAUGGAAACAGCUAAAGAUAACCACAUCAACCUCCCAUCAGUUUGUGGUGGAAUGUGCGAGUGUUCAACAUGUCACGUGAUAGCUGACCAGGCCACAUUUGACAAGCUGGAGGAACCAGAGGAGGAGGAGCUAGAUGUGUUGGAUGCUGUGGAUGGGGUGACGGAGACAUCACGGCUAGCAUGUCAAGUGGACGUUACCAGGGGGAUAGAGGGUGCUAGGUUUAUUGUGCCUGAUAGUUUUAGUGAUAUGAGAUAACGUAGGAGUUAGCUUAGAUUAGAUGAUUCAUCCUGUAAUUUAUUAUUUCAUAUUGUUUCUUUAUGGUGUGCAGUAUCGGUAUUGGGCCCAGAGAUUUAGCUCUGGUAUUUGUAAGUACGUACGUGAUUGGUUACUUUUUAAAUUAUAACAUAGCAAAUGGGAAUAAAUUAGAACUUAACAGCUAACAUGUGGACUUCAGCUUAGAUUUUACCAUAAACACCGUAUAAAACAUGCGCAUAAACAUAAAACAUAGGUGCAGUGUACACCACAAGUAAGGUAUACUUUAUACAAGUAUACAAGGUAGGUAUUAGUGUACAUCCUGUAGCUCAGCCUAUCACAACAGAGUGUUGUUAAGUAACCAUGCAUCCUGGUUUGCGGCACAUGUUGUGUGCCCGCUCACUGUUCUUACACUCUUAUAUAUAUUCGCUAUUGUACAAUGUUAUUGACAAGGUUUGUUACCUAUAAAGGGGUAUAAAUUGUGAUUUGUUUCGUUACGUUUGUAGAUUGGUUAAGAAUAUCUUUGUUUCCUUUCUUCGAAAAAUCAAUUUGAUUAAAAUCAAACAAAUUAUACGUGUAAGACCAAUUCGAGGAUGAGAUUAUUAAAAUAUCAAAUGAUAUAAUCUCUAUGAAUCGUCCACACUGAAUAUCCGUACCAUAAACAGGAGAUGACAUGACAGAUGGAGCUCUUCUUCGAGGCUGGACGGACUAACACAAUACGAGAACGCACCACGGGGAUCCUAUCUGAUCUGUUGAGCGAGGUGAUCGAGAGAGUGCGGAGUAAAGCUGGAGAAGACAUGUUGACAGUUGCUGAGGGGCUGAAUGUUAACCGGCACAACACCUUGUUACAUGGCAUACCUUUAAAGGAUGGUGUGAGGGAUGUGUGUGCUGCUAUUAAGGAACAUGCUGCGUCCCGUAAGAGGAAGCGCACAGCGGGUCCCAGUGAUUCAGAGUGUAGUAAUCAUGGUUCAGAGGAAGAUCUGAGUAGUGGUGGUGGUGUUGUUAAUGGGCAUGUUGUUGAUGAGAGUUCAGCUCUUUCAAGUGAUAUGAACGACCAAUUCAGCCAUGUGAGUGAUGAACUAAAUGCACCUUCUAGCUCAAAUUCCAGUGAACAAGUACUUCAAUUGGUCGAGAAAAUAGUUUCUGAAAGUAUGUGUAAUCAGAAUCACAAGGUACUAUCAGAUAAUAACCAGAUAAAACUCCAAUCAGACCCUCCCAAAUUAUCUCACAAAACCUUGAACCCCCCUCCUAAAAAUUCUGUACGGACCUCUUUGCGCAGCGCUAAAUCAUCUGUGCGCACCUCAUCGCGCAGAGCUAAACUUGACGCUAAGAAAAUAACGCUGAAACCUCGAGAACCAGUAGCCCCUCCUCCUCCGGCACCCAUCACUCAACCUUCACAUCAGAAAAAACAGACAGAUAGUAAACCGAAGAAAAAACGGAAAAGCACCAAGGGUCUGCACAAGACUUGUGAUAAACAGUAUAUUAAAUUAGAAGAUGUAAUUUUGGCGGAUGUUCCCCUGUUACUUGACGGUGAUAGUGAUGGUGAGCACCAGGAACUGGUUACUCUUAUCAAAUCAGAGUUUCCUGCAAACUGGUCUGUAGGGAAACCACGUGCUCCGUCCUUUAGGAAGAAGUAUUUCUGCAGUAAAUGUACUGUGGGGGAAGAGCUUUGAUUGUAGUGUUUUAGGUACAUAAUAUUCAUUAUUACGUGGAUUUAAUUUUUGCGGGUUUUGACAUGUUUUUAGUAUUACAAUUGGUACUUUGCAUAAUAUUG